AUGAAGUACAUUCAUUCCGAAGAAACUCUGACCAUUCCAGAGGGUGUCAAGGUCGCCAUCAAAUCCCGUCAAGUUACCGUUGAGGGACCAAGAGGCAAACUCCACAAGGAUCUUAGCCAUUUGGCAGUCAACUUCUCUCAACCAAAGAAGGAUGUCAUCAAGAUCGAGCUUCACCACGGAGCCCGCAAGAACGUCGCUACUCUCCGAACCGUCCGUACUCUCAUCAACAACUUGAUCAUCGGCGUUACCAAGGGUUUCAAAUACAAGAUGAGAUAUGUCUACGCACAUUUCCCAAUUAACGUCAACGUUGAGAAGGGACCUGAGGAUAUCCCAGUUGUUGAGAUCAGAAACUUCAUCGGCGAGAAGAUCGUCCGUAAGGUUCAAAUGAGAGAAGGUGUUGCUGUCGAGCCAUCGAAGAACGUCAAGGAUGAGCUUCAAUUGUCUGGUAACUCCCUUGAGGAUGUUUCCCAAUGCGCCGCCGAUAUCCAACAAAUCUGCAGAGUACGAAACAAGGAUAUCCGAAAGUUUUUGGACGGUUUGUAUGUCUCAGAGAAGGGUAACAUUGACGAGGAAUAAAUGGAAGGCAAUUGUGGUGGUCACCUUUUCUUACAUUCAUGAUAUGUAUUGGGAGCAUUAAAAGGAUUACUUUGCAUAUUGUGUAGCAAGGUGCUCGGAAUGAAUAUCUUGCGCAACAAAACAACUACCUGCGGUUCCAAAAUUUGAAACGAUCGAUACCACGGUGACCUGGAUUGUAAUGAUGGACAAUUUGGUAGAAGGGCGUGCCAGUGCAACGAUUUGGGGAGAGUUUUUGAGGAAUCAAUGAACCAAUUAUGGACCCUUUCGAAUGUCAUGGCAUAAUGUUUCAGGUCUGAGCUUUUGAAUUUGAUGGAAUAUCUGACAGUGCAAUAUGCAGGCUUAGCAAUUUAUUCAGUUCACUUACAUCCCCAUACAGAGGCACCACAGCUACUGGAUUCGAACAAUUCCUACUAAUCCAAUAGGAUCAUCGGCUAUAUUACCCUUCAUCACACUCUAUCUACCCUCUUCACCAUAUUCAUUCCUCAUCUUGUUCUCACACAAUCUCUCCUUUGCCAAUCCAUGUCUUCUCUCCAAUUCUCAAUACCAUGACCAUUUCUAUUGUUUAUGUUUUAUACUUUUCACAUUGCCAUAUGACUCCCGUCGUUUUCUCUUUUUCUCCAAAUUAUUUUCCCCCUUCGUGUUCUAUUAUGCAAAUGGGAUCUCAAAAGUAGACUUUAUAGAAGUAUUUCUCCUACUCUAUUCGGUCAGUCUUGAUCCCUAUAUCAAUGAACACUCUUUGUUCUUUAUGGAUGAAGAGGCACGAUUUCAUUAUUUAUGUUUUCUGCAGAUUUGUGUGGAGGAAAUUCUGAGGAUCGUGUGGACAUUUCGAUGAAACAAAACUGUUAUCGUAGGGAGUUGGCGGUAUAUAGUUGAGGGGUAUGAAGACUUGGUGGGUGUAAAGUAAGAGGA